AUGUCCUCAAUUACCAUCCAUGUAGCUAAUGAAACAGAUAUAUCUGAACUUAUUUCAUUAAUGCGUAUCUAUUGUGAUCAAUCUGAUGAACCACAUGUACCUAAACCAAUCAAUGAUGAUCUUCUACAUCUAUGUCAUCAAAUAUUCCAAGAUCCUGAACAUGAAGGUAUCUAUCUAAUUGCACGAGGUGAUCAUCAUAUGAUUGGUUUUGCUUCAUUAUUUUGGUCAUGGCCAUUUACACAUUAUCCUGGUCGACGUGCAAUUCUUAGUGAUCUAUUUGUUAUAUCUGAUGCACGUGGUGAGGGUGUUGCAUAUUACUUCAAGCUUGUGAAGAACAAGCUCGUCAACGACAAACUAUUCAUUCGAUUAUCUGGCAAACAGCUAUCGAAAAUCAUUCCGCUCAAAAAGCUUAUCAACAAUUAG